CGGUUUUCGGAUUCGUAAUUCUUUAGAAGUCACAUAGGAAGAUUAUGGAUUCGUGAUUCCAUAAUCAAUUUAUGUCUGAGAAGAAAAAGUUUCGAUGUUUUAUGAUUUGUGUUGAUAGGUUAAGAAAUUAGAGUAUUGGCGAAGCAAUUAAACAUGUUGAAAAUACUUUCGCUACAUGAUUUCGACUGUCCUUCGUUUGAUGAACCAGCCGCCGUUGGGUUGAUAGGAAACACUGUGCAUUAUUGCGGUUACGAAAAGUUGCAGGACGAAUUGCAACCUUUCUUUAAAUAUGUGCGAGAAUAUCCAGAUGUUUCGAUUGCCCCAGAUAUUCUUGCUACACGUGAAACGGCGCGCACUAUUUGUGCUGGUGAUUUCUUUCUGCCAGUCCAUGAUAGUAUCUUUAAAAAAAUAGCCAGCGUGUGGAGGGAAAAGGGAGUAGCCGAAGCUAUUUGUCUGGCUGCAUCCACAGAUCCUGAAGAAGUCACAAAAGUUGUGCAUUGGAUUGCUACAAGACUUAAAUGGGCAUUAGAUUUAAUGGACAAAGGAAUAUAUCAAAGAGAAACUUUACCAAUUAGUGGAUCAGGCUCAGUUGCAGAUAUUGUUCAUACAAGGGAUUGGGACACAGCUCUUAUCAGGUGUCUUUCUUGGCAUCCACAUUGCCCUCGGUUAGCAGUAGUCACAAAAGAUGAUCGUAUACGUAUCUUCUCUCGGGGAGUACCAGUAAUACCUGUUUUAAGGCAUAGUGCUCAGAAAUCAGUUUGCUGCAUAAGCUGGAGACCGUUUGCUGGCAAGGAAUUAGCAGUGGCUUGUCAAGCAGGUGUAUUAGUCUGGACAGUAGAAUUAAGCGCAGCCAGUAAUUCGCUUAGUCAUGCAGUGUUAUUAAGUCAAAGGAAUCAUAUGCCUGUUACAAGUGUCACAUGGCAUCCACAGGGUGAUUUAUUGGUGUCCUGUUCACCAGCAGAUACUAAUAUGAUUAUCUGGGACACUUCUAAAAAGGAAGGUGUUCCACUGAGACGAGUUGGAGGUGGUGGCUUAUGCUUCACUCGUUGGUCAUCUUCUGGUUCUCAAUUGUUUUCUGCGUCAUGUAGAAAUAUAUUUAGAGUUUGGAAUACGGGAGUAGCAACAAUAUGGCAUGCAGAUAAAUGGACAGUGCCAGAUGGUCGUGUAGCAGUUGCAUGUUUUGGACCAAAUUUAACAUUGUUAUUUGCAUCAACUGAUGAUUCUGCAACAAUCUUUGCUCUACCCUUGCAAGAAAAUAUUUUCGACGUCAAAAAGACGUCUGUUGAGAAUACCGUAGCAGUGCCUCUCAUAGAUUUAACGAGAGUCAAUUUUUCGUCGGAUGAUGAUUACGUUUCGAUAGGUGGAAGAGUAGUUGGAAUGGAAUGGGAUCCUACAGGGAGAUACCUUGCCAUACUCUUCCAGAAUAGUCCCUUGGUUGCAUUGGUUAAAACCAAAGUGGGUAAUAUGUCACGUGUAGUCGACAUUAAACCCGGUUGUCUCAUCAAAGGAUUUCCAGGCGAAGUCCCGAAUUGCAUGAAUUUCUAUCAAAAAUACGAUAGCCAGUCACCCGCGAUUUGCUUAACAAUCGCAUGGAACAGUGGACGAAUACAACAUUUUCCAAUAGUCGAAAAGGAACCUGCGCCAAGCUUGAAUACAACUAGCACAUUGUUGUCGCACUCGUUUGCAAUGAGACACGAUACAUACAAUUUCGACUUAAGUGCCACGUACGCCUAAUGUUAAUAUUUAUUAAUCUCGUGUCGACUCAAGAAGCUGCAAAUGGUCUUCCAACCAUGUUUUUAUACAUUUAUUUGGUAUUUGUACACAACAAUUGUACGGUCGAAGAGUCCAAAACAUUUUUUUUUGUUAAAUGAACCUCAAAGAAGCAAUAAACCGUACGAAAACGUUCAGUGAAGUAAACAGCACAAUUGGUUAGAAAUUCAAUGAUACUUUGUAACUGACUCGACAUCUCGCCCGCAGGGAGCAAAAAGGGAAAGAAAUCAUUGGUCUCGUGUUAGGCUUUUCUAAUGCUUUAGCCUUCUAACGUAUGGGAUAUACAACGAGACGGCUCGGGUUCGGUACCUAAUUAUACGAAGUCACAUGCAGAGCGCACGUCUUUCUAUUUUUACGUCGCUUGACCGAAUGCUGAACGCCGACACGUACAUGCGUGACGAGUCCCGCACUAUUUCCAAUACGUUCUCUGUCUACUAUACUCGCGGCGUUGCAACUCUAAACAAAAAUUAACUGCUCCAUCGUUCUAGAAACCCCUUCGUCCUAAAUAUAUAUUUCUCAGGCGUAGUCCAUCAUUUCUGACUGACACUGUAUUUAUGAUUACGGGCAAAGCGUACUCCGUGAACGUGAAUUAUAGAGGUAAAUGCUAUAAUUGUAACUAACGCGUCGAGUUUAUAGCGGCUAUGCCUUAGAGGUUGGUUUCCUGCGCUAACGAUGUCGACCGUUCUUUUCUUUCUUUUUAUAAGGGUCAGCCUCUUCGCACGCUGAUCGAACGUUAGUUAAAGAUACCUGUCCUCUCCCCCACCCCCUUCCUCCAUCGACUCUUCUCAAUUCUCUCUUUCUGUUAUUGCAUCCGUAUGGGGUGUACGAUCGAAAUCCUUUUUCCAGUAUAUUUAUUUUAAUGUCAGUCGUACACAUGCGGCGGCUAUGGUACGAACGGAGUUGACAGGUGCCCGGGCAAAAAAGCGUGGCCGAGAGCCGGGCAUAGUAUGUAUAAUGUAAGCAUAGAGGGCUGGCAGGCCACAUGUGCCACUCUAUUACUUAUCUACCCGUAAUAUGACGUAUAACCCGGCCAUAAGAUGCAACUGCGGUCGCAUCUGUGUGCGUGACUGCAGGAGCCAAGAUGCACACGCGUGUGUACACACGGGGGUGAGUAGGAGGAUGCGUGGCGCGCGGCUGUGUGCACGUUCGCCUGAAAGGAACUGGGAGCAACAGCUUGCGAGAUAACGCGUGUCGCGAGAAUCGUUCCCGCAUCAUAACAAUGCGUUUUCGAUUAAGGCGGUUGAUGAAUGGAAGGAUGACUCGUUUGCAGUUUGAUCAUCCUCCUUGUUGAAAUAAAGGGUUGCCUUGAUUCAACGUUCAACUCUCUUAGUACCUCGUAAUAUUUCUGGGUGUCAUUUAGAAAUACCUUAGAAAAUCAACGUAUUGAAGAAGAUUAUUAGAAUUAACAUAUUUUUACUGAGAAUAAAGGUAACUCUUGCAGCGGAUAUUUCGACUGUUGGGUACUAAGAGAGUUAGCAUUGAAACUUGUAAUGAAAGAAAGUUGGAUUUAUCAAUUUCUGGACAAAUAUUUUCCAACUUCGCAUCGAAUGUUUCGUUAAUUUUAUAAAAUAAUUGUAUACAAUUUAUAAAAUAAUAAAAACCCUAUUGACACAGUGAACGUAAACAAUCGUAGUUUCAUAGGAAAGGGUGCCAAGGAUGGUCAUCUCGUUAGGCAAAACGAAUCCGAGAUUCGUGUACCCACGUAAACCGAUAUGAUUAAUGGACCACGCGCAAGUAGCUCUCAGUAGUUACCGCACGAACGCAGCAACAAAAAUUUAGCGGGGAGAAGAAGGGAGGAAAAAAAAUGAACGGUACAGUGUGUUUUCUCUGGAAGACAUUAACAUUCUAACUUAUGCGUGCCCUUCUAACGCGCGCCACUUGACUCCGUCAACCAGACUUCGAACGGAACCCCGAAGUACGCUUGCCGAAAAGUUCGUGGGCGCGAGUCAAGGACCGCUCUCGUUCAAAACAAGGGACUCGGAGGGACGGAGGGGCCAGAGAAAGGAGGCGAGGGUGUGCGCAAUAAAAGCGGCCAGCGAUAUCGAGGCGUAUUCGCGCGAAAGUGUAAAAGGCAGAGGCGAAAAGGAGAUGAACGGGGAGGUCGGUGAAAUAAUAGUAGGCUGUAAUAGGAGGAAGGAGUGAACGACUUGCCCUCAUGUGUGCGCGCGAAGAAGCUGUUGUUAAUAAGUGACGCGUGUGCGGCAGCUGGUUUUACGUUUUUUGCCCUGCACCCGAUUCUCGGGGUUCGACCGACGAAAGAUCGGCCUAGGCACCACCUCCCACCCUUUCCCCCUCAUUCUGAAGUUGACUACACUACACCUCGGAAUAUUCCUACCAACACUCAAAGGGAUGCCGAUAAGCGUUUCCCCCUGGGAUUAGCAAAGUGAAGAACACUCGAUCCACCUGUCAAUCCUCUAUUAACCAUUUCAACAUCUAACCAACAACUAGAUAAUGAUUCUGCAAGAGAUUCAACUUAAGUCAUUCUGUUCAGAGUAGGGGUGCGAUCCACAGCGAUUCUCAGAAACGACGACCACCCUGAACUCCCGAUCAACAAACCCCGAUGAUCAACGCGUCACCGAGCGAUCAAAGAAAAUCGUUCCAGGAAUCUAUCCUAACUGGGCGAAAAAAAAGAACGGGAGAAGGAACGUCGGGCACGGAAUAUCGAGAGGAGAGACACGAAAAAGGGAGACGACAGACAGACGUGCGCGCAGAUGUGCCCCGCCACCCUGACGCGGCCCGGAGGACCGAGCGACGCGCGGCCCGCGGUGCAGAGGCAAGUGCACCCGAUGCACAAGUGCCUCGGCGAAGCGCAUCUUUCU